AUGGCUCCACUCCAGUAUAGAGGGAUACCUCGGUGGGAGUGGCUUAUGAAGUGUGCGAAGUCAUUCUGCCUGCAGACCAGCAUCCACGGGUUUAAUCACAUAGCAGCACCAAAGAGGCACUGGAUUGAAAGGUUGCUGUGGAUAUGCGUAUUGGCAACAGCGCUGUGGGGGGUUCUGGACGUGUCGCUGGGCCAGUGGCAGCGAUACCGGGAGAACCCCACCGUGGUCACGCUGGAGAAGAACUUCCGGACCUGGCACUACAUCAUGCCGGGUAUCACUGCUUGCGAGCAGAACCGUACAACUGAGGAGAAGGUACAAAAAGCCAUCAAGUCCCGUUGGAAUGCGGUGCCAGGCGACGACAAGUUUUCGUACUACGGAAGAUUUGUGGACCUCGUCGCCAACUCUGAUCUCCACCAUCUGGAAGGAUACAAAGAGUUCGCCAACGAUACCGACCUGAACGUCGACCUGUUUCAACUGGCUAUUGACGUAAUGCCCGAGCAGCGUGUGAAGCUGAGUGCAGCUGAUCAGAUCACCACACUGCCGAAAUGGAUACCAGUGAUGACGGAGGUCGGCGCAUGCUACGCCAUCAACUCUUUGGCCUUGACUGACGUCGCUAUUGUGAAACCGACCUCGAACGAAACUUCGGGUAUCCCUAAUAGCUGCAAAUAUUCAUCGCAAGGUUGUUUCUACAUAUUCGAAUACGCAAACCUUAUCAAUUACUACGUCCACUCGGCAUACGACAUAGCGGAUACUCUGUCUGCACCGUAUUCGUCGUACGCGUCCCUGCUUCUCUCUUCCACGCAGAGUACAACAGAGACCCGCACGGGGCCCGGGGUGAGGGAAUUGCCGCCUAGCAGGAGACACUGCCACUACACCGACGAGCCUACUGAGCCACACAGACAGGUUCACAGCACCAAACUCUGCCAGCAAGGCUGUAAGAGUCGCCUCGCCGUGAAAAUGUGCGGAUGCAAGCCUUUCUACUACUUUAAUGAAGAGGGUCCACUUUGCAAUACAAGUGGAAUGUGGUGCAUGGCGCAGAUCUCUCACAUCCUGGCCACGUUCGGCAAUAUAAAAUGCCCGUGCGUUCAACAAUGCUUGGACUCUAUCUUCCGGGAAGACAACUGCGGGGAGCAGAUCUGGGCCAAGGGGCCGCUGAUGUACCGAGGUGUGAUCGGCUUCACGGUACAGCCUCCCCGCAUGAGGUACACCCGGAACAUCGUUUUCCACUUCCAGGAUCUUGUUGUGUCAUUCGGAGGUGCAACGGGGCUGUUCUUGGGAGCCAGCUUCAUCAGCUUCGUGGAGAUCGGAUACUUCGUUAUAGAGCGUAUUCUACGUACUGGAGCGGAUAAGCCCAAGAUAGCGGUGAGAACGCCCAAAGCUCCAUACGAAAAUCGUAUACAAGAAUUGACUUCUAUACUAGAAGGCCUGGCUUAUGAGCGAAGAUAUAGACGUUGA